CUCGACUUGGUUGAGAAUGGAACAAGAGACGAGUUUGUUGACCACUGUCUAGAACAAGUCGGGCAUUUUCUGCGAUGCAAGAAUAUGCACAAGGAUCGAGGAGGAGGUGACGCACAUGGAAGUAGCACUAGUGCUGGCCCUAACUACCUGAAUCAUAAAGAACAUCUUUCCACCAGCAACAUCAAGGGUCUGGAUGUCAGUAUGAGUGGUGGUUUAAGAGACCAGCUUCGCGCAGACUUCGUAGCUGCUCGCGAGGACUUGCGGACUCGUGGAAGACCGAUUUUGCGUGGUCGCAUGGUCCGUGAAACCCCUUGUACGGUCAAAGUGGAUAGUACGACUUGGGUUCACGCUCUUCCUGUCUUGCCGCCAGAAGUGAGUGACCGCAGAACGGUAAGCGCGCCGCAAGAACACCUAGUGAAC